ACGCGCAUCUGCAUGCGGUACUCGUAAAGCAGGAAGACAAUCAUUAUGAAUCAUAAUUCAAUGGAAAAACAGGUAGAAAUAACUAGAGAAGAAGAAUCGCCAUGAUGAUGGAUGAGCCCAAACCUAAUUGGCCCUCUUCGGUCCUCUGAAGACUCUUCCGGCGUGCGGAGCUCGGCUUGCUUGCCCUGGUCCUCCGCUCUUUGUCAGCAGGUUCGACAGCCGGGCGGGUCUCCGGGUCUUCUCCGAACCUACACUCGUUAGUUUAACAAGAGACCGGAUUGUCUGUUUUAACCUGGUACCGUCAGACCGGGACUGGCUGGACUGAACCGUCUUUUGUUGUGAGACAAACGCUCAUCAAGUUAUAAUCAAUUUAAUCAGCAUCAAUUAGAGCUCAAAUCAGCCGAUUGAUUUCAUCCCAGCUCCAUGACUAUGCCGUCCAUCCAGUGCUGGUUCUGGCUCUGAGAGGGAUUCCCCGCCGGCCUCGUCUGUCUUUUGUGCUAUUGUUCCCCGUCCCGUCUUGAUUUUGAUCCUGGCCCGGUUGCUGGGGGGUGCAGGCGAGGAACCAUGCCGGAGUGCGUUUCCGUGUCCGAGUUCGUGCAGGAGGUUCUGGAGGACUGGAGCUCGCCCACUACCUCCUCGUUCACCUCCAAGAUGGGCGGCUGCAGGAACACCGUCUACCUGCUGGAGGAGGCUCUGGACAGCGACCGCUUGUUGUUGCAGAAGAUGAAAAAAGCAUCUAAAGCCAAAUACACAUCAGGACAAGAGCAUGUGUCCCACCUGGAGCAGUACAUCCUGUCCAUGGAGAAACUGUCAAUCAACUGUCACUCCAACGGCGAGUCGGAGGUGGGCUCCGCCUUCUGCCGCCUGGCCGACUUCUCUAAGGAGCUUGUCUCGCCCCUGAAAAACCUGUUAAAGAGCAUGCUCCACAACAUCAACUUCUUCCUGGACUCUCUGGUAAAAGGCGACCUGCGGGAGGUGAAAGGGGAUCUGAAGAAGCCUUUCGACAGAGCUUGGCGAGACUAUGAGAACAGAUUCAAGCAGGUGGAAAAGGAGAAGCGCGAGUUGGCUCGUCAGUACGGCAUGGUGAGAAGCGAGGUGAGCGGCGGUGAGAUUGCUGAGGAGCUGGAGAAAGAAAGACGCUCCUUCCAGCUGAGCAUGUGUGAGUAUUUGAUCAAAGUCAAUGAGAUCAAGACAAAGAGAGGAGUGGACCUGCUGCAGAACCUCAUCAAACACUUCCACAGUCACAACAAUUUCCUGCAGGAAUGUGUCUCUACCACUCACAGGCUGAAGCAGUACAUGGAUGAGCUGAAUGGCGUGCUGACCUCGGUGAAACAGCGUCAAGAGGAGGAAAAACGUCAACUGGUGUCACUCAGAGAUCAACUGAGACCUGUUGUACACACGGAGCAGGAUACUUUACCUAAACAGCUGUACAACAUGCAUCAGCUGCUCGGAGAUAAACAGUAUGGAACAGAGAGAAGUGGAUUCCUUUACAAGAAGAGUGAUGGGUUGAGGAAAAUGUGGCAGAAAAGGAAAUGUUCAGUUCAUAACUGUUACCUGACCAUCGCACAUGCUACGCCAAACAAACCUCCCACCAGACUCAACCUGCUCACUUGUCAGGUCAAACCCAGCGUGGAGGACAAGAAAUGCUUUGACCUCAUCUCUCCAGAUAAUCGCACCUACCACUUCCUGGCGGAGGAUGAAGCAGAGUGUGUGGCCUGGAUCUCGGUGCUUAGCAACAGCAAACAGGAAGCUCUGACGGUGGCGUUGGAUGGAGGCAGGAAAGCAGGCGCAGAGAGCAGCAUGGAGGAGCUGACCCGCUCCAUCACUGAUGACAUCAAACGCAUGCCUGGAAACAACAGCUGCUGCGACUGUGGAGCUCCAGACCCUGGCUGGGUAUCAACUAACUUGGGCAUCCUGACGUGCAUCGAGUGUUCCGGGGUCCACAGGGAGAUGGGCGUCCACGUCUCCAGGAUCCAGUCCCUCAGUCUGGACAGUCUCGGUACUUCCGACCUGCUGUUGGCCAGAAACGUUGGUAACUCUGGUUUUAAUGAGAUACUGGAGGCAAACCUGCUGAGUCCGUCACUGAAGCCAUCGCAACACAGCCACAUGACGGAGCGUAAAGACUUCAUUCAGUCAAAGUAUCAGGACGUUCACUUUGUGAGGCGGAGUCACAGCUCAUCCACAGCGCUGCGAAUCCUGCAGGAGGCCACCAAGAGCUGUGACAUUUACAGUCUGAUCCAGCUGUACGCCCAGCGCACCGAGCUCAGCCACCCACUACUCUCUCACAUACAAGAGAAAGGGGAGACGGCGCUUCACCUUGCCGUCCUAUUGGCUGACAGGACGUCUCUACACAUUUUGGACUUCCUGGCUCAGAACUGCUCCAAUGUGGAUGUACAGACGGUGGCUGGGAAUACAGCGCUGCACUACAGUUGUCUGCACAACAAGAGUGACUGUGUGAAGCUGCUGCUGAGGGCCAGAGCCAACACGCACAUCAAGAAUGAGCUAGGUGAGACAGCACUGGAUGUGAGCCGCAGGUUGAAGCACAGCCACUGUGAAGUGCUGCUGCAACAGGCACAGUCUAACCAGUUUGACCAUCAUGUCCAUGUGGAGUAUGAGUGGAGGCUUCGUCAUGAUGACGUCUAUGACAGUGAUGACGACUUUGAUGACAAGAAUGGUCCUGUAAAGAAAGAACGUUCCUCCUCCUCCUUCUCCUUCCCCUCACGGCCUUUCAGCUUUGGUCACUCCUCAUCCUCUUCCUCCACGACCACCCCACCAUGCACGGGUUCGUCAGGAGGAUCUGCCCCAGCAGGUGGAGGUAGUGGUGGCUUGCUCAGCGUGGGACGCAGGCUAGCCAUGGCCAUGGAGCAUCACAGUCGUCCCCCAGCCUCAGCGGCCAGCCCCCCUCCACCGCCCCCCUCCUCACCCGCUCCACCACUGCCCCCUAGGGUCAAAGCUCCCAGCGUUCCACCCCCUCCUCCUCCUCCAGCUUGGAGGGAGGGGGUUGGCGAGGAAGAGGAGCAUGAGGGGGAGGUAUUCUUCCCCCUGACAGGAAGCAGGAAGACAACCCCACCCCCACCUGUUGCCGCACGCCACAAGAGGAGCUGCUCCGAGUCUAGCAAGCACGAGUAUGGGAUACCAGCCAGUCUCAGGAUCUACAGUGGUGCAGAUUCCUCCUUCAAGUGUGUCCCGUCUUCUCCUCUUGGCUCGCUGACUGAACGACCAGAUGGAGGUACUUGCUGUCCAGAAACAUCCAAAAGAGCUUUCCGGAGGACGGAGAGUGACACAAGCUCCUCCCACUUCUUGCACCACACCAGAAGGACCUCCCCAAACGGCUCUCCAACCAAUCAGCGCUCGCAGAGUUUUGAGAGCACCAGCAGAGGCUCUGCCCCUCAGCCGCUCCCUCGCAGGUCAUUGCCUCGGGGCGCGGGGUCCACUCGAAGGGUUCGGGCUCUGUACGACUGUGAGGCAGAUCAUCAUGAUGAGCUCAGCUUCAGCGAGGGACAAGUUCUAGUGGUCAUGGGACAGGAAGAUCGUGACUGGUGGCACGGUUAUAUUGAAGAGGAACCAGACCAGAGAGGCUUGUUCCCAUCUUCCUUUGUGCAGCUGCUCUCAGACUGAUGUCACCAUCUUUGUAGAACCAACCUUGGACCAGCACCUCAAUACCACACCACUGCCAGUCCACACAGACCAGAGCCCCCUCAGGAGAACCAAAUCCAUGUCCACAAGGCGGUACCAGCAGAGCUCUACAACCUGCCACAGCUGCAUUGUUUUAGUCUGAAGACUGUAUUUGCUGUUAGCUUCGUAUUCAUAGCAACCGGUGGCUCAUGCCCUCCCAUCACCAUGGAAACGUUUAGUGCAGGUGACCUUUCCAUGAGGGCUCAACAGGACACCAGAGUUGCAUCCCGGAUGGCUGAUGUGAGUGACCAAUCAGCAAGGGCUCUUCAAAAUAACAGUCCAACUGGAGAUUUUAUUUUGAAGUUCACCUUAAUUGUAUUUAUUUUUAUUUAUUUUGUUUGGACACAUAUCUGUUAGGACACACUUUGGUGCUAUUUGUCUUCUUUGUCCUGGUUACAAAGGAUAGUGGGAAACCAAAGCACAAAUACACUCUCACAGCAGCCUUGAGGACAUUGUCAACAUCAGGGGAGGAGGAGCCUAACAGGGCGUGGCUGACGCUUCCAGCUGCCUUUAAGUAGCAAGUCACUUCCUGCCUUCAGCAACAAAUAAAUGACUACAUGACUGCACCAAAGCAUUCUUAAUGAGCAUCACACUAGAAAUAUGUACAUUCCAAAAGAAAGUCAGAACAUUAUGACAAAGUUGUCCUUGCUAGAUGAAAUUGUGAUGUUCCAAGAAUAAAAUAUUUGAAAAAGUAAUUUAGACGUAAAAGCAUACCAUACAAUCAGCUGGUAAAAUCAAUAAAAACUAAAUAAAAACAUUACUGGUUGAUGCACCAAGACAUCAUUUGCAACUAUGUUUCUUUUUCUACUUAGAAAAAUAAUGACUUUAUUUUCAUAACAUACCAUAACUGCAUCUUUAUCGUAUGUUUUUUGUCCCGUUCAUGAAAAAAAGUCAAAUCACAAGCUCACCUGGAAUUUGAAUAAAUAACAAUUGACUUUAAAACUGUUUUUGACAAGGCUUUUUGGACUUUUAAAAAAUCUUGAUUUAGUUUCAGCCCAGAGGGCAACAGUGGAGUCAUGUUAUUUUUUUUUUUUAUAAAAAUGUUCCUUCAAAGUCAACACUAAAUAUCUGAAAGUUAGCAAUUUGCUCUGUGUAAGUUUUGGUCAUUGAAUUUUCUUUUCAUGAAUGACAGAACAAAAAAAGAUUGGUUCAUUUGAAUUUCAUUUUGAUAAGCAAAAUAUUCAAAUAUUCAAUAAUACAAUUCAAAUAUAAAACACUUAUUUCUAAAAGCAAUAACUACAUUUAAAUAAACAUUUAAAUUGAUUUGUAUUGUUUAUAAUGGUUGUUUGUCUAUAUGUGCCCUGCGAUUGGCUGGCGACCAGUCCAAGGUGUACCCCGCCUGUUGCCCGAAGUCAGCUGGGAUAGGCUCCAGCAUGCCCCCGCGACCCUAAUGAGGAAGAAGCGGUAUAGAAAAUGGAUGGAUGUAUUGUUUAUAUAACAAAAAAUAAAAUCUGACCAAAAAGAGAUAGUUUAGCCUCCAAAGCUGUGCUUUUAUUUUGAAGACUUUACCGGAUACAGAAAGUGUUGCCGAAAUCAUUGGGAGGUUGCGGUUCUUGUAGUGAAUUGUGCAUAAAGAAAGCUUGCCUGCGAAAUACGCCUUGCUGUCUGCUUGAACCCAUCCAUCUAUUUUCAAUACCGCUUGUCUUCAC